UGGCCAGCACAAGCGCGCACGCCUGAGCGGCUCGAAGCGGUCGCGCUGUGUUUGCUCGAAGUGCGGGACCCCUGUGGGGCACAUCAUCCCCUACAACGGUCAUAGCUCCGACGAUGGCGGCCGAGUGGCAAGAGGGCUCUCGAAUUGCUCCAUCCGACUCGAUAAGCACGCCAUCUGCCUGCCCUCCUCAACCUCACAAGGAGGCAGGGCGUGGGUGGUUGACUCGCUCCUGCCCAUCGUGGCGCAAAUGCUGGAGAGGAUGGCGGACGCAAAUGCCGUUCGUCACUUCGUCCUCACAGAGGAGGCUGGGCCCGGCGAAGGAGAGGAGCACGACGAAGACGACGCAGCCGGCAGAGCAGCAGAGAGGGAAAGACAGCACGCCAUCCUCUGGUUCUUUCAGCCUCGUUUGGGGCUGAGCAUGGAUUUGCAGAGGGAGGAGUGUGAAGAGGUGGCAAGACGAUUGAUUGUUCGGCCGCCUGGUCAGGAAGGUUACUCAAAGCCCUUCGGAGGCGCGGAGGAGCUAGUGAUGGAGGCGUGCAAGAUUCUCUACCGCCCUCUCAACAGCUCAGCGCCGGACACGACAUCCUCGUCAUCCUUUUCGUCCCCGAAUCACUUCGAAACCCUCGUGCUGCCGCACUCCCUCUGCUUGCGGCUAAUGGCCUUUCUGGAGGUGAGCACGCAGGUCUUCCUGCCUGAGGAGAGGAGGAGCUUUGGAGCUGGUGCGGGGCAGUGGAGAGUAGGUUGGCUGCCUCGGUCAGGAGGUGCAGAAGGAGGAAGAGGAAGGUGAGAGCGGACAGGAUACCAUAGAUGCCGCGAGAGCAGGGCAGAGCACUUUUCCUGGCAGGUUUGCGGAAUGCGAUGCCAUUGCGACUUGUCGCGUACUGUACAAUGAGGCCUGCCUGCCCGACCUAAUGGGUAUCGUCUACUGAGAUGCUACUCCACCGCGCUUUUACGGCCUCGUCUCUUCCCUCUUCUUCUCCCCCUCACCCCUCGGUAUCAGCCACAGUGCCCCUAGAAGCACUUUGAGUCCCGCUGCGACAGUCAAGCCUCCUCUUAGC